AUGCCGGAUCCCCCAUCAUCCCCCAAAUCUCCUUCCAACCAGCCCAGCAACCCAACCCAAAUCGCAAGCCCACCACUCGCCCAUCCAACGCCGCCACAACCAGCCCAAAUCCUCACCUUCAUCAUCCGGCCCUCCGCACGCAUCGAAGACGCCAGAACGUCCGACGGAGAACCCUGGACCCAAGCACUCGAUAUCAUACGAGAAUGGCCUGGGUUCCGCGCUCUGUAUUGGGGAAGACGCGUUGAGAUAGAGGAUGAAGAGAAGGUGCAGGUCGUUGUUUUCCGGGAUAAGAUAUCCCAGCACCACGCCUUCCUCCCUUCAGGCCGCUGGGUCUCGCUCCAACAGCUUCUUGAGCCGCUCUACCCGUCUUCUCCAACGCAGAAAGAUCGACCUCAGCGCAUGGGUUAA